AUGGGAGCGAGGUCCGGAUACAGCGGCACAUUCUUCGUCCUCGACGUCUCCCCGUCUAUGGGCGAGCUCAAGGCUGAUCCUAUUGGGAGCGGCAAGGUCCCCAAGCUGACUCUUGCCAAAGAGUAUAUCGCUCGAAGAUGGCAAGAAAAGGCGAGUUUUGAGCAAAAGAAAGACGGAGCUUAUUGGACUUGUACAUUUAACGAGAAGAACGCCUUCGAAGGUGCUGCCUGUGAAGUGGCCUGUCAGACCGCCAAGCCAAAAUGCCUGGAGGUGUUGAUGAACCUUGACGUUGGUGAUCAUGAGGGUAAUCCGCUGGCGGCUGUGCAUGUGGCCAUGGACAUGGUCAGAUCGUCAGAGAAGCUGACUGCGGCGUGGCAACACGAAAUUACUAUCGUUACUGACGGCGAAUCCAGCUUUGACCAUGAUUUGUACGACUCGGCUGUUGAAAAUGCCAAGCUCCUGGACAUCAAGUUGACCAUCGUCGGUGUCGACUUUGACGUGCCCCCUGCAAAGGUGGACAAAUCCAAGUCCCGGAACAAGAGACUGUCCGAAAAGGUCUGGCGCAUGUUUGUCGAUAGCCUACAAGAAACCCACUCCAAGAAGGGUAUCACCGACCUCUACCCCUCUAUCCACUCGCUCGACGACGCUCUCGACGACGCACGCCGCCCUCAUCCCCAAGUGACGGCAGGUUCAGCACUCGGUCUGGACAUAUACAUUGGCGACCAAGAUAUCGACCCUGCGCAAGCUAUCAUCAUUCCCGUCAAGACGACGAAAGCGACCGCCAAGGCGACUGCCCCGAAAUUCUCGAAAGCGUGGAAGCCAGCGAUGGAUUUGCAAGCUCCUCUGCGGGCAAAGGAUACGCCGAAAUUGUCCAAUAAUAGGCUGUUUGCGGGGAUCAUUGCGAAAGCUGAGGAGGAAGGGAGGCAGCCGCCGAGCUUUGAAGAGAUGUCGGGUAUGGUCUCUUCUACCGUCAGUCGACAUACUACCUACCUCCUCAAAAAGGAGGAGAAAGACCCCAAUCAGACUCAGACGUUGGAUGCUGAUCAGGAGGAGGAAGAGGAAGAAGAGGAAGAGUAUGUGCCGGAGGAGGAAAUUAGUCAGGCGUGGAAAUUUGGGUCGACAUGGAUCCCGACUUCGAAAGGAGACAUUAUGCCUCUUGCCGUCAAAAAGGGCAUCUAUGUCCUCGGUUUCGUCCCCACUGCCAACAUCAAAAAACAAGACCUCAUGAAUGAAGUCAAAUACAUCUGGCCAGAGAUCACCAAGCCCAAAGCGCAGAUCCAAUUCUCCGCCCUGGUCGAAGCGUUGGUGGAAAGGAAGAGCUGUGCGAUUGUGCGGUGGGUGAAUGGAGACAAGAGUGAGCCGAUGAUUGGGGCGGCGUGGCCUAUGGUUGAGCAUCUGGAUGGAGAGAGGGUUUUGGAUUACAUGUACUGGGCGAGACUGCCGUUCGCAGAGGACGUGCAUAUCUUUGGCUUUCCGUCUCUCACCACCUACAAGACGAGCCAGGGCAAAGUGAUCGAAAAGCACCCGCUCUUACCCACAGAAGAGCAGUGUGACCUGAUGGACGAGUUGGUGAAGGGAAUGGACCUUGAUGAGUAUGCAAAGGAGCAGCAUGCUUUGGCUUUGCGGCAGCGUGGGGGAGAUGAAGAUGAAGACAUGGGGGAUGAUGAAAAGAAGGCGCCCACUUGGUUCGACCCAAAGGAAGCGGUCAAUCCGAGCAUCCACCGUGUCAAUGAAGCGAUUUUUCACGCCUCUCUGACCGCCGACCUCGACCAAGACCCCCUGGGCCCACCUCAUCCCGAAAUCGUCAAGUACUUUAAUACCCCAGCCGAAGUGGGAAAGAAGGUGAAAGACGUGACGGAAAGGUUGAAAGAGCUAUUGGCUAUUCGAAAGGUGCCGCCAAAGAUGAAGAAGAAGAAGAAACAGAAGCAAGAGCUGGGCGAGGGUGAGGGAUACAUUGACGACGACGCCCUUCUGGAGAAUGGCGAGCAAGCUGGAGCGACGAUCAAGACUGAACCGAUCUCUCAGCCCAUGGAUGAUUCCCAACCUGGGGCGCAAACUGCUUCUCAGCCAAAACCUACAGUGCCGACUUCCGAGCCGACUCUUCAAGGCAAAUCAAAGCCGGGAAGGAUUAUCAGCAAUCAAUCGCCAAUAGCCGAUUUCAGGCGCGUGAUCAAGGAAGGUGAUGUGUUUCGGAAGGCGAUCCAAGACAUGGGCGAGGUGGUCCGAGAGAAUGUGGCGGCGAGCUUCUCGAGACAAGCUUUUCCUGUGGCGAUCGAGUGUUUGGCGUUGAUGAGGGAGACGGCGCUGGGAUAUGAGGAGGUGGAGACGUAUAACGAAUAUGUCGAGUCUCUGGAAAAGGUCGUCAAGGGGGCAGGGUUCAAGCAUCCAAACUUUUGGCAAGGCAAGUGUCGUCGCAUAUCACGACAGAACCUGCUGAUAGGUGGUUCAGAAUUUGAAAAGGCCGGCCAGAGUGUAAGCAAGAUAUCGGAAGAAGAGGCGGAAGCCGCUCUGAACGGCGAAGAUUGA